UGCCAGGAUCUAGUCAUGGAUGUGCUGACUGCAUCCCGGCCACUCGUCGAUGUCCAACAACUGCAGGCCUCUCUGUUCCCUGUUUGCGCCAACACUAAGGGUUCCUACCUUAGCAGUUUUCUUCAAAAUACAUUAAAAAGCAAUCAAGUGGAAAUAAAUACUGAUUCCAAGACUUUGAAACCAAUUGCCAAAUUGAGAGAGCCCAAAGACUUAUUUUCACUUCCAAAGGAAAUUGAUUGUGCUCAACAAGCAGCUAGAUGGCCAGCAGAAUGUCAGGUGUUGGACGAACGAAUACAGCACAUAGACUACUCACCACCGGAGCCAGAACUGUACUACCAGCCGAGCGGCCGCGAAAUCCAGCCGAAGCCGGUCGGUGAUGACUCUGGCACUGUUGUCUUCCAGUACUAUCCCAUGAGUGCCGUCAACUACUUCAGCAGGUCGAGCAUCGGUGGAAGUCGGUUUUUCCUGCCGUCUUGUUCGAGCGAGAGGCUCGACGACCUGAGGUUCGAGUCUCGCUUCGAGUCGGGCAACCUCGCCAAGGCGGUGCGCAUCACUGAAACCUACUAUGAGUUGUCUCUCAGAACCGAUCUGUAUACCAACAGACACAUGCAGUGGUUCUACUUCAGAAUAGAGAAUACCAAGAGAAAUCGCGUUUAUAGAAUAUCCAUUGUUAAUCUGUCAAAAGCUGAAAGUUUGUACAGUAUAGGCAUGCGACCACUGCUCUAUUCAACCAAAGAUGCUGUUCUCAAUAAAGUGGGGUGGAGAAGGUGUGGAGAAAAUAUCACUUACUUCAGCAACGAUGACAAGAAUGGAGAUGAUGAGCAGAGUGGUAGCUAUACGUUAUCUUUCAACUUGGAAUUCCCGUAUGAUGAUGAUCUGGUCUACCUAGCGCACUGUUAUCCGUACACUUACACAGAUUUACAGGAUUAUCUAAUUCGAUUACAGAAUCAUCCGAUCAAAUCUACUUACACCAAAUUGAGGCUACUGUGUCGAUCAUUGGCAGGCAAUAAUGUCUACUACCUCACUGUGACUGCCCCUUCACCAGUCGACGAACCCAAGAAAAAGCAAGCAGUUGUGAUCACAAGUAGAGUUCAUCCCGGCGAGACCCCUUCUUCAUGGAUGAUGAAAGGUUUUGUCGAUUUUCUAACCGGUGAUUCAUCCCAGGCAAAGGAACUCAGAGAGAAGUUCAUCUUCAAGUUGAUUCCGAUGUUGAACCCAGAUGGGGUGAUAGUUGGUAACAAUAGAUGCUCAUUGACUGGGAGGGAUCUGAAUAGGCAGUAUCGGACUGUGAUAAGAGAAACGUAUCCGCCUGUCUGGCAUACCAAGCUCAUGAUUAGAAGACUGAUGGAAGAGUGCGGCAUUGCAAUGUAUUGCGACCUGCAUGCUCACUCUCGCAAACACAAUAUAUUUAUUUAUGGCUGUGAAAAUAAAAGAUAUGUUGACAAGCGCUUACACGAGCAGGUUUUUCCUCUUAUGCUCCACAAGAAUGCGGCCGACAAGUUUUCGUUCGAGAAUUGCAAAUUCCGAAUUCAGCGGAGCAAAGAGGGCACGGGUCGCGUAGUGAUCUGGAUGAUGGGCGUGGCCAACAGCUACACGAUGGAGGCGUCGUUCGGCGGCUCGACGCUCGGCUCGCGCUGCCAGACGCACUUCACCACGCAGGACUACGAGGCCAUGGGCCGCGCCUUCUGCGAAACCCUACUCGAUUUCUGCGAUGACGACCCAUCGAAGGUUACGUUUCAAAGGAGCGGUUGCGAACAAAGAUAAUAACUAGAUUGGUGAAGGAGGGAUCAAAUGCAGAUGAACCUACAAAUAUUGUCCUAUCUGACUAUUCUAGUACGGAAGGUGAUACGAGCAGUGAUGAUGACAGGGAUGGAGAUAGCCGAUUGAACUUUUGCUCAGGAAUGCUAGUUCCACCACCUUCUCCCAUAUUCCAUGGGAAACAAUCUCAGAAUAAGGAAGAAACCGAAUCACCAAAACAUAUUCGCCCCUCACUCAUAGCGCCAUCACCUCCUUCUCGUAGGAAAAUCCUUCAGAUCCAUAGAGCCACUCUUGAUUUGGAUCCAAACAGCGAUAUUGGGGAUGGCAUGACUUCUGAACUGCCUGAUUCAGAUGAUGAUAGUCCAGUCAGUAGGAGAAGUGGCACUAGGAGAAAUCAGCAGUCCGAUGGAAGUAUUCGAGGAGGAGCACACAGAUGCUGUGAUAAAACAGACAUGCCACCAGAAUUGAUUGUUACUCCAGCUCAGGUAUGUAUAACCACUAUACCGUAUUAUUUGU